AUGAAUAAUAAGGAAACUACUUACAGUGAAGACUUAUUUCAAUAUAUAAAAGUGAGCGAAGAUGAAGAUGACUCUAAUGCUGUAGAAAUUCCAUGCGAGUUAAAUGGGACUUUAUUACUAUCCACAUUAGUUGCUCAAUUUCCCGGCGCUUGCGGCCUAAAAUACCGCCAUCCUGAGAGCAAAUGCAUUCGAGGUCUUCGCCUUAGCGACGGCAGGUUGCAUCCACCGACUGAGGCUGGCUGGGGUAAACAUUUAUAUAUUUGCGUUUUCCCCAAGGAAAACAAACGCAAAAUGGAAGACGUAUCGCCAGAAAACUCAGCAGCAAAAACAAAACGAUUAGAAAAGAAACUUAUAUGUUCAGACCUGAUAUGCUUAGGACUACCCUGGAAAUCGACAGAAGAGUCAAUUAAAAAAUAUUUUGAUCAAUUUGGCGAGGUGGUGAUGGUGCAGUUGAAAAAAGAUAAAAAUGGUUCUUUCAAAGGGUUUGGUUUUAUCCGAUUUGCUACAUACACGUCACAAAUGAGAGCAUUAGCUCAACGGCAUAACAUUGAUGGUCGCUGGGUAGAUGUGCGAAUUCCAAAUUCAAAAGAAGGUGUAGUCCCGCAGAUGCCCUGCAAAGUAUUUGUUGGCAGGUGCACUGAGGAUAUGACUGCUGAUGACCUCAGAGAAUACUUCUCUAAGUUUGGAGAAGUUACUGAUGUUUUUGUUCCAAGACCAUUCAGAGCCUUUGGAUUUGUAACAUUUUUAGAUCCAGAGGUUGCUCAAAGUUUGUGUGGUGAGGAUCAUGUAAUUAAAGGAGCUUCUGUUUCAGUAUCAAGUGCAGCACCUAAAAUUAAAAAUAAAAAUAACCAAAAUUGGAAAGAGGAAUCAUAUGGACCAAACAGCUGGGAUGGGAACCGCUCUGGUCCCCCUGGAGGUCCAAGUAACAAUGGAGGAAAUAGCAACAUUGAUUCCUUGAACAUGCAAAAUUUAGGCAUAAAUCCUAAUGGUGGUGGUCCACCUGCUAACUUUAAUUUACCAAUAAGUCUUGUAGCUGCUGCCCUGAACCAGGCAGGCUGGGGAGGAUUCUUAGGAGGCCCAAAUAAUUCAGGUCCUGGAAACUGGGGGCAAAAUGGCCCUCCCCAAGGUGGCAAUUCAGGUAAAAAUUUAAAUAAUAAUGGAAGCUGGAAUCAGAAUGGCCCGCCGCCAUACUGGAAUCAAGGCAAUAAUCCUAAUUGGAAUGGCAAUAAAAAUGGCAACUGGAACCAAGGCAAUUGGUCAAAUGGCCAAGGAUGGGGAGGAAAUAGUUCAGGGCCAACAAGUUCAAAUAGUGGAUGGAACAAACCCCAGACGUGA